UUACUUCAUACUCCAACCACUCCAACCCCAAUCUCUCUCUCUCUCUCUCUCUCUCCUCAACACACCAACCCACCAUUGUCAACAAUGGCGCACUCAAAACGCAACACCUCCCUUCCCCACUUUACGUCCUACGAACGCAACCUCCUCCGCUCAACAUGGGGCACAAAACGCAGCCACAUCAGCCGAGACUCGUUCCUCCCCUUCGCCUCAUGUCGCCUCUGCCUCCAGCCCGCGCGCGCACCGGUCGUCGCCUGCGCCACGAACGGAGACCUCUUCUGUCGCGAGUGUGCGAUCAGUGAUUUGCUUGCGCAGCGACAGGAGAUCAAGAGGCUGGAGAAAGAGAGGGAGGAGGCCCGGAGGAGAAUCAAGGAGGAUGAGGAAAGGAGGAGGGAGGAGGCAAAGGUUAGGGAUCUGAGGGAGUUUGAGAUGGUUUCUAUGGGGCUUGAGGGUGGGAGAAAGAGGAAGGCAGCAGAGGAAGGGGCGGAUGAGCAAGAGAAGGGGAAGCUGGUAGAGGUUGAUGGUGAGGGGAAGAGGAGGAAGGUUUUUGAGUUGGAUGAAAAGGUUAUGGCCAAAGUUGCGAGGGAUGAGCAGGAGAGAUUGAAGAAGGAGAUUGAAAAGGAGAAGAGCUCGAGUAAAUCUGCUCUACCGUCGUUCUGGGUCCCAUCUCUCACGCCGUCGACGGACCACGAUGAAAUCACGGCUAACAAGGCUGUUAAAUUAACGCCCAUGUGUCCUGGGUCGAAUGAGACGCACACGCAUAGCUACUCGCUCAAGUCGCUGGUCGAUGUACACUUUACGGAAGAAAAGGCCUCGGACGGGACGGUAUCACGCGUGUGUCCCAGUUGCAAGAAGAAUCUUAGCAAUGGCUUGAAAGCUAUGCUGACGAAACCGUGUGGACAUGUGAUCUGCUCACCAUGCGUUACGAAGUUUAUGACUCCACACGAUGUCCCAGAUCCCCAUGCUUCCAAGGAAGAGCAGGCGAAAACUGCGGCACUUCAUGGACUGGUGCUGUGUUAUGUUUGCGAGACGGAUAUCACUCCUAAUGGGCCGAACGGGGAUGCAGGGACGAAGAAGAAGUCUAAGAAGAAGGAGAAGGAUGCCGUUCAGCCUGGGCUGGUGGAGAUUAGCUCGGAAGGUACGGGAUUUGCUGGAGGUGGAGGGAACGUUGCUACCAAGAGUGGUGUGGCAUUCCAGUGCUGAGAGGAUCGCAGGAGUACCCUGACAGGCCCAUCUAACGAGGAAAAGAGUGGGAGUUAAAACAUGACAUUAUAGACAAGAGCCUUCAAUUGCAAGGUUAAUGUAUAUACCGAAUGAUAUCACUCCCCCGAUGGGGGGACAGUAAACGCCCGAAACAAUGCACGAACAAUGUCUUAAAUAUACAAAGGCCACGAGAGCCUAAAACAGCCAUCUCGUCGAUAUCUCACACUCCAUCCAACCCACCACCUAGCUCCCCCAUCUAACUCCGUUUCUUGGCAUUGUUGAACUCCCGCACAACAAUGUCACACUUGAUCUCCUGACACAACCGACGACGGCGACUAGGAUCCAGCGCGGCCGCAAACUCCAACCCGGACGCCCGCUCAACCGCCUCAAGGGGAACCUCAAACUCCGAGAGACUCUUCUCAUUCGGGAUGCGCGCAUUAGGCAACACAAACGCACCGAGCGCAACCUUGCUAGUCGGCGAAUCGGUCCCAUCCUCGGCAUAGAUCACCUUGUAGAAGUGCGUCGGCACCGCCACGUUAGGCGGGUUACCGAUAACCUCAUAGUUCACACGCCACUUUCCAUCCGGAUCACGAUGGGGCAGAUACAACGGGCCCGUUACGACCCGAACGGAGGGGUACCGCGAGGCAAGCUUUCGGCAAAAGUCCUCGAAAUGCGCCCAGUAGUCCCGAUUGAAACCCUCGCCGACCUGCGGGCACAUGUUGCUCAAGUAAAAAGUAUCGUCCAUGGCGCCCUGCGACCAUUUCGCGUCUGCGGCGGGCACCUGGUGGCCGCGGUCAUAGCCGGAGCGGAAGUAAUCAGCCAGUUUGGCGCGGAAAAUGGCCGGGAUGGAGGUAUCCUCUGCGAAAGUGCUGUGCUUGCGGUCUGCGUUGUUCUGUGCCAGGGACUGAGGGGUAAUAUGCUCGGCGACCCAGGCUGGGUUACGGGUGCGACGGUCAUAGGCGCCGUGGAGAGGGAGCGUGGAAAGUUCGUCGGCGAUUGGGCCGGGGAAACCAUACUUCAGAAUGCCGGCCGGGUUGACGGGACCGGUGGUGGUUUUCGCGGCGAGAGGUGGUGUUGGGAUGGCUGUGGGAACUUUGACAUCGCCGGCGAUUGAAGGAGGAGGGGGCACUUGUUGCUGGGGUAGAUGCUGUUGUUGGGAUUGAGAUUGGGAUGGCUUCGAGGAGUAGAGUAGGGCAGUUACUCCAGCGCCGGUGGCUGCACUGGCGGCCGCGAUGACGGCCAAAGUUGCUUUCGACAUGGUCGGUAUAGAGUCCCUGGUGAGAUUUGGGAGAAAUGGGGAGUUUGAAAGGGUGGGAGGGGGAAGUUUGAGAAAGAGCGACCGAACGUCGCGAGUGUGUACUUUUUUUUUCAGUUGGCGCGCGCGAAUCACGAG